AUGGUGGAAAAAAAGGUUAUUUUUUUAGAUAUUGACGAACCCUACGAAGAUUCAGGCUCUGAAUACAUACCUAGUGAUCUUUCGGAAGCUGAGAAUAUUAGUGGAGAUGAAUCUACAACUCAGGAGGCAGUAGACAGCGCGGAUGAAGAUGAAAAUACAGAUGUCGAGGAAAAUAAUCCUGUUAAACCAAAAAAACGUCUACGGCAUGAGACUCAUUGGAAGAGAAAAGAAGCGAAAUCGAAACGUUUAAAAGGAGAAGAAUAUGUGAAUUCCACGGGCAGAUUAGUUCAGCCUAAAACCUAUCAAGAAAUAGUUUGUUCAUGUUCCGACAAAUGCAGCGAUAAAAUAAAUGCUGACCGCCAGCGAACUUUAUUUGAACAUUUCUAUAACUUUGAAAGUUAUAACUUACAAACAGCAUACGUAUAUGGUUUAAUAGAUGUUGCAACAAAGCAGAGAAGCUACAAAAAGGACAACAAUCCAUCUAGGAGAUCAAACACAAGAUUAUACCAUUUAACAUGUGAAAAUGGAGGCAAAGUGAAGGUAUGUAAAGAUUUCUUCAAAAAAGUUUUUAAAAUUUCUGAUGGUAGACUCACUAGAAUUUUAAAAACCAAAGUUUCUGGCCUACCACCUCCAAGUGAUAAACGUGGUAAACAUGCACCACCAAAUAAAACCAGUGAGUUGAAAAUCGCUGAAGUUAAGGAUUUUAUCAAUAAAUUUCCUGCAUAUCAAUCACAUUAUUCAAGGAAAAAAAAUCCAAACAGAAAAUAUUUAGCUCCAGAUCUUAGUUUGGGAAAAAUUUAUAACAUGUACAAAAAUGAAGUUGUUGAAGCUGUAUCACAGUAUGUUUUUUCAAAUGUUUUCAAUCAAGAAUUUAAUCUUUGUUUUCAUGCUCCAAUUACAGAUUCCUGUAAAAAAUGUGAUUCAUUUAAAAUUAAAAUUGAUGCCAUGGACAAUGAGAUUGAUAAACAAGAGAAGCAAACUGAACAUGAGUUACAUCUUCGGAAAGCAGAUAGUGCAAGAGAUGGAAUGACAGCAGAUGCGGAAUUAGCAAAAGCUGAUAAAAAUAUUACUAUUAUAGCUUUCGAUUUAAUGAAAACUUUGCCAACUCCACUGUUGUCCACAGGAGUCGCUUACUAUAAGAGGCAACUAUGGACAUACUGUUUAGGAAUACAUAACUUGGCAACAGAUGAAGUCCACAUGUAUUUGUGGGAUGAAUCCAUCGCUUCCAGAGGUCCAGAUGAAAUUGGAUCAUGUCUUUUGCACUAUGUCGAACAUUACGUGAGGUCAAAAAAAUUAAUUAUGUAUUCUGACCAAUGUGGAGGACAAAACCGCAAUAUAAAACUCGCGCUUAUCUGUAACUACAUUGUAAGUUCUCCAGGCUUUACAGUCAAUCAAAUCGAUCAUAAGUUUUUGGUAAGUGGCCACACUUUUCUGCCUUGCGACCAAGACUUUGGUUUAAUCGAAAAAAAGAAAAAGCUUCACAAAAACAUAUUCCUUCCUCAAGACUGGACUGCUGUAAUUAAAGAUGCCAGAAAAAAAAAGCCAUUUAAUAUUGUGGCUAUGACCAGUAAUGACUUUUUUUCUACAAACACAUUAAAAACCCAAAUUACUAAUAGACAUUGGACAACAGAACAUGAAAAAGUUGAGUGGCUUAAAAUGCAGUGGCUGCAGUUUAAGAUAGAGCACCCUUUUAAAAUAUACUUUAAAUACUCCAAUAAUGAGCUGGUGCACUUCAUGGUUGUGGAUAUAGCAAAACGAAAACCUGCACAAUUGAAUAGACCCUUGGAGUUAUUGUAUCCAAAUAGUCACCAAAUAGAUGCAAAAAAGAAAAAAGAUCUGCUAGAGCUAUGCAACUACAUUCCCCCGAUUUUUCAUAAUUUUUAUGAAGGUUUGAAAACAACAGAAAAUCCAUCGGAAGACUUCAUUAUUUUGGAUGAUGAAAACGAGGAGAAUCUGGGCCAGUAA